UCGAAUCCGUUUCCCGCGCGAAAUCCCUGGCUUGCCCUCGCGUCCCGCGUCCGAGGGGGAACUCUGGACGAGAGGAGAUGUCACGGAAGCGGUUCCGCGGAGGAGACAACGCGUUCGAGCCGCCAGACAUUGGAAGAUAGCGAAGGGUCGAGGGGAAACUCGGGCGCCGAGCUCGAUCCCUCGAUAAGGCGAGGCGAGGAUCGGGGGAGGAGGCCUGGAUCCGAGUCGGUUGUCGAGGAGGGGAAGGGCGAAAGGGAGGAGGGAGCGGGCAGGGUUAAGUUGCGGAAGAGCGACUCUUUCUUGAGAAGAUUGGUGAAAAGCUCGAGGGACAAUAUCGCGGAAGGGUGCGAGAGAUUGGUGAGGAAUAUUCAGAAGAGUCCGCUGCCGGUUCUGCGGAGGAAAUUGUUGUCGAGCGACGACGGCCAGAGGCCGAUACCGCCUCUGAGGAGGAAAAAAUCUAAGAGGAAUUUGGGCGAUCCGCCUGUCUCUACGACUCGUCCUCUUCCCGCGGAUCAUCUUCUCGAGCCGAGCAUCGAGGACGUCCCCUCGAACGAUCUCGUGGAAAUCCGUAUCAGCGGGAAGCGGGGCGAGGACUCGUCGAGGAGCGUCUCGACGGAGGACGUGGAAGAUCUGAUCCGGGCGGAGGACAAUCGGAGAUCGUUGGAGCAACGAGCGGCGAUCGGCAGACGUCGGGGCGAAAGGUCUUCCCUUGGGUCCUGUUCCGGCCCUCGGCGGGCGAGGUCGCGGAGCGAGGAGAGCUUGUCGAGCACCGUCCGCGGCGAGUCGGGCGUCGCCUCGCGUCGAAACGCGUCCGCGGGAUCGGGUCGGGUCGGGUCGGCGGAGCGGAGGAGGUCGAAGGCGAAGCGCUCGCCGCCGCCCGACGACUGGGAAGCGGGCGAUCGGGGGUCGAGGCGCGAUAACGUCGAGCGGUGGGACGACAAGGACAAAGCGGCGGCGAGGAAGUGGCGGAUACGAGGCGAGGUGCACGCGCGGCUGGCGACGGCCGCGUGGCUGGUAAAAUGCAAAGUUGCGAAUUCGGCGGGCAACGGCGGGGACGAGGAGGGGGAGGACGAGGACGACGAGGACGAGGAGGAGACGCGAGGGCCCGAGCGGAACGGUCCGCGGCGAGGAAGUGAGGAAGAGUCGGUGGCAGUCGGCGGCGACGGCCGGUCGCUGGACAAAGGGGACUCGUCGGUCGUUGCAGCGAGCGCCUCGCGACCUCCUGUCCGCUCGCGCGUCUUGCCGUGCCCUUCCAUCCCGGGGAGGAUAGGUCCCGCGACGGGGGACGAUGCGCGCGUGGUGGUCGCUGGCACGGAUCUCGUCACGAUCCGCGUUGUGAGAAACGAGGAAGGUGUUCGGUCGAAGGGUUGUGCUGGUGGUGGUGGUGGUGGUGUUGGUUGUGGUGGUGGUGGUGCGUCGUCGAACGAGGGAAGAGGUAAUAAUAAUAGGGGGAGGAGGGCGGGCGGGGAAGAGUGGAAGGAAGAGCGGAAGAUGAAGUUGGCGGUGAGAAUGAUCAGGAUCCGCGACAAACUGAUGCUCGGUUUGAGCGCGUUCGCGAUACUGUUCACCAUACUGUUGGUGAUGGAUCUUCAGAUGGAUCUUGGAUACAGCGGCCAUCAUUUGGUACCGAGCCACGGCCGCGUCCGCGUCGGGGACGACCCGAACACGGACACCAUUUACAACAACUUUCGGCGCAAGUUUUUGCAAAGGUUGAACGCGAGCAGGGAGCAGACGAGCGGCGACACGUCCGCCACGACCCAGAGCAGCGGCGGGAGGGGGGAGGGGGCAGGCAACGAGGGGGGGAGGAGGAGGACGGAGUCGAGGACGGAGAAAACGGAGGUGCACGACAGUUUUCCAGAUUUGGCGGACCUCGUGGUGAAGGGUUACGGUGUUAGCGUGUACGAGGGUGUGGCUAGGAUCAGCGGGGAGGAUCCCUCGGACAAUCCCACGCUCGGGGAGUUGAAGAAGAUCGGCCCAAAGAAGAACAGUUCGACGUUGGAGAGAUUCCAUCUGCAAAUCUCGAGGAUAGAACUGUAUCCGGAGAGGUCGAAGUACGUGGACCAAUUGUUGCACGAGAUCGCGACGAGGCCUAUAGUUCACGUCGUUCAAAAAGAGGGCGGCACCCAGCUGAAACUGCAGAUAAAUUAUUCCAACAUGCAGGCGCUGUUCAAACCCAUGAGGUUUCCAAGGGAACAACAAACUCUGCCCAAUCACUUCUACUUCACCGAUUUCGAGAGGCAUACGGCCGAGAUCGCCGCGUUUCAUCUGGACAGGCUGCUUGGAUUCAGGAGGGCGAUGCCGGUUACGGGGAGAACGUUGAACCUAACGACAGAGAUUUAUCAGAUCGCCGACGGCGAACUGCUGAAGACGUUCUUCGUCAGCCCCGCCGGUAAUAUCUGCUUCCACGGCAAGUGCAGUUAUUACUGCGAUACGGCGCACGCGAUUUGCGGAAAUCCGGACACCCUUGAAGGCAGUUUCGCCGCUUUCUUGCCGGAUAAAUCUUUCGUCGCGAGGAAGGCAUGGAGACACCCCUGGCGGAGGAGUUAUCACAAGAGGAAGAAGGCCCAGUGGGAGCACGAUUCGGAUUACUGUUCCCUCGUGAAAGAGAUCCCACCCUAUCACGAGGGCAGAAGGUUGCUGGAUCUAAUGGACAUGGCUGUCUUAGACUUCCUCAUGGGGAACAUGGACAGACACCAUUACGAGACGUUCAAGAUUUUCGGCAACAACACGUUCCCCCUGCACUUGGACCACGGAAGAGGAUUCGGCAGACCCUUCCACGACGAGAUCUCCAUCCUUGCCCCCAUCUUACAGUGUUGCAUGAUCAGGCAAACGACUCUAAGCACCCUUCUAAAAUUUCACAACGGACCAGUCCCCCUGAGCGAGGCAUUGCGAAAAAGCAUGGCCAAGGACCCAGUGGCCCCCGUUCUCUGGGAACCCCAUCUGGCGGCCCUCGACAGGAGGGUGCGCGUGAUUCUUCAAGCGAUCAGAGACUGCGUGAAUCGUGAGGAUUCGAGUCAGAUCGUCCACGAGAAAACGGAGGAUACCGGAUCCUAGCCGUUCCUUUCGAUUCUCUUAGCGUGAAUCGGAGAAUUCUGAUGAAACGUUCUGAUCAGACGAAGAGAAGAGGAAGUGAGAUUUUUUUUUUUUUAAUUUCCGAUGAUGAUGGAUGUAGAUUUAUUGUAAAAAAAAAAAAAAAAAAAAAAGAACGUGUAAAAAUAUGCGUGUAUAAAAUAUUUGAGAAAACGAUAACAGGGACAAAGAUAAGAGAUACAUAUAUUUUAUCGACGAUACUUUCUUUUUAAGAUUUCUUUCUUUUUUUUUUUUCGAAUAUUGUUAAUCGUUGUUUAUAUAUUAUAUAUAUAUAUAUCAAGUCUUAUUUUAUUCUUUCUCUCUUUUUUUUUUUUCUUUUCUGUUUUUAUCGUAAAGAAAAUCUUGUUGUUGUACAAAGAGAUGUUGUACAUAGUGUAUGUAUCGUAAUUAAGAAUUUUAAGAUCAAAAUCAUUUGGAACGCCUGCUUUCCAUGUAUAUAUAUAUAUAUAAAAGAUAUAAAAUCGAUAAAGUCGCUUUUCAGGGCUGGAUAUUUACGAUUAUAACUACGUUUCAUCGUCGAAAAUAACGGAGCGUAAUGUUAUCCGAUCGAGUAUUUCCAGGGUUCAUCAACCGGAUGAAACCCGGAUGUGUCGAAAAUGUCGAAAUCUAUCGACUCGCACGUUUAUCGUCAUCUUUAAAAUCUAAAUCAUUUUCUGACGAUUUUUCACAGUUCCUCUCGGGAUAACACAAUGCGCCACUUAUCGACGAUCCAGCGUCAGAUUCUUUUUUUUACCCAGAAGAAUCCAAUUUCCAUCCCGUGGAAUUAUUAUUAUUAUUAUUAUUAUACGUAACAUUGUGCGAGGUAUAUGGAAUGUAAA